CCAAAAAGAGCAUCUGGUGAAUCUCUGUCGCUGAACCAUGAGAAUCCAGUCGACAUUUGUCUGAAAGAGUGGAAUAGGUGUCCGAAAAGAGCCUGGUAAUCAGCGUCGAUGCGCGCAGCCAAAAAUGACGACAGUGGGACAGUGAUUCUCUUGUUCCAGCUCGUCAUUUUUUACAGUCAUAUGCUUGGAUGCAAUUCAUCUCCUAUGUAUACAGAUCACAAAGGAAGGACUGGAAGCCGAAUAAUCUCCAACACAGCCGCAAGUGCGCACAGAGACGUUUCAUCCUGGAAACCGUUUCCAGCGAUUAAUUACGCAGAGAUAUUGAUGUUUUGUGGGCCGUUAAAGGAUUUUGAACUUUCGCAUGAAAACUUACUCUGCGAGUACAUUUUUGAACAGGUCGAUAUAGCCCCAACCUUCACGGGCGAUGAGUAAUCCACGACGCAGCAACUGAUAAACCUGUAAAACCUGGAGUGCGGCUGGCGCGUUUGGAUACCUUAUCCUGUGCGUCUCUUAUUUUUUAUUUUUUCAUGUGGCUUCUAUUUCGGGGUUCGUAAACUACUCGUACAUUAUUGAUAUUUCAUGGCUGUAGAGUGUAGCAACAGUGGUGUGUGGCGAAAGAGGACGGUGCAAGACUAACCGGGGCGAAGACAGCGCACUUUUAUCGCCUUAUUUCCAAACAGGAGACAUUGCGCACGGGCAUUGACGACUGCAGCAACUACAACCCAGACUUUUUUUUUUUAAUCAUUGAAUCCUUUGUUAUUUCUUUCGCUGCUGUCAUCGUAGUAUGUCUGCACUUCGAAAGAAAUUUGGGGACGAUUAUCAGGUAGUGACCACCUCAUCUAGCGGGUCUGGAUUCAAUCAGCCUCCCCCAGAGAAAAAGAAGAAGAGGCAGCGGUUCGUGGACAAGAACGGGCGAUGUAACGUCCAGCAUGGGAACCUGGGUGGUGAAACCAGCAGAUACCUCUCAGACUUAUUCACAACACUCGUAGAUUUGAAAUGGCGCUGGAAUUUAUUUAUUUUCAUCCUCACCUACACAGUCGCUUGGCUCUUCAUGGCCUCUAUGUGGUGGUUCAUCGCAUACAUCAGAGGAGACCUCAACAGAGCCCACAAUGACAAGUACACUCCAUGUGUGGCCAAUGUCUAUAACUUUCCCUCAGCCUUUCUCUUCUUCAUAGAGACUGAGGCCACUAUAGGAUAUGGUUACAGAUACAUCACAGACAAAUGUCCCGAGGGGAUCAUUCUCUUUCUUUUCCAGUCGAUCCUCGGAUCGAUCGUCGAUGCCUUUUUGAUCGGCUGCAUGUUCAUCAAGAUGUCUCAGCCCAAGAAAAGGGCAGAGACUUUGAUGUUCAGUGAACAUGCGGUGAUUUCUAUGCGAGAUGGGAAACUAACUCUCAUGUUCAGGGUCGGCAACCUGCGUAACAGCCAUAUGGUCUCUGCACAGAUCCGCUGCAAAUUGCUGAAAUCUCGCCAGACACCCGAAGGCGAGUUUCUUCCGCUGGAUCAGUUGGAGUUGGACGUGGGUUUCAGCACCGGGGCAGACCAGCUCUUUCUCGUCUCACCACUCACGAUCUGCCAUGUGAUUGACACCAAAAGCCCCUUCUACGACCUCUCCCAGAGGUCCAUGCAAACAGAGCAGUUUGAAAUUGUGGUGAUACUAGAAGGAAUAGUGGAGACCACAGGGAUGACCUGCCAAGCGAGGACGUCAUACACUGAGGACGAGGUUCUUUGGGGACACCGCUUCUUCCCGGUAAUCUCCUUGGAGGAAGGCUUCUUCAAGGUGGACUACUCUCAGUUCCACGCCACAUUCGAGGUGCCCACCACUCCAUACAGUGUGAAGGAGCAGGAGGAGGCUCUGCUUCUCUCCUCGCCCCUCAUGGCUCCAUCCCUGUGCAACAGCGGGGAGAAGAACAGCUCUUUGGACUGCCUGGAGAGCCUGGAGGACAAUGACAGCACCACCAAGCUGCCCACCAAGCUCCAGAAGAUCACAGGGCGGGAAGGCCUGCCCAAGAAGCUACUAAGGAUGAGCUCCACUACUUCAGAGAUGACUUACAGCUUUGGAGACCUGCCCAUGAAGCUGCAGCGAAUCAGCUCUGUUCCUGGUGUCUCUGAUGAUAAACAGGCUGGUAAGGCCUCCAAGAUCAACACAGAGCCCAUGAGUAAGUCAGUGGCGGACUUACCUCCCAAGCUGCAGCGACUGGCUGGGGGAGGAGGGGGCAGGAUGGACGGACACCUGCCACCUAAACUCAGAAAGAUGAAUUCAGAUCGCUUUACAUAAAGCAGGCAACAUAUUUUAACUUAUGCCAUCCACCUUUAUUUCCCUACCUGAAGUCCUUGUACUAUUCCUAAUUUAUUAAUGGACAAUAUUCUUAUAUUAAAAGAAAUGUAGAAUAUGUGCACAAAUACCUUAUAUAAAGUAGGGUGAUGGAAUUAAGCACAUUUGUCCCUGGAUGUAAGUGUACAUGCUAUGACGAAAGACCUCUGAUAUUUUUUUUAGGAUGAUGUACAAUUAGCACACUCUGGCAUGUAAGAAACAGCGCAUGUAGAACAGAAUCUCAAUAAUUUCUGGCAUGACAUUUAUUGAUAUAUUAUUUUACAAAAACAAUUUCAUUAGUGAAUUUACUGACAGUGAAAAAUUGCACAAAGCCAUAUGAUUUACCACGUGGAAAACCUACAUUACAUGGUUCUAAUUUGUGGUGACAAAAGGCACAUACAUUUGUUUUGAGUUGGUUGCUUUUGUUGUUUAAUGUAAAAUUGUGGCAAUGUUAUGUUGAUUGCAUGCUCCUCUUAUUGACUUAGCUAUACAAAGGUAAUAGACAAAGAUGUUUAGCCUUAACUAUAUUACCUUGUUUCCAUUUUCACAUUUGUUCACAGCUGGAUUUUUGGUAUUUCAUAUAUAGACUAUUUUACCAUGUGCGAUUUUAUGAAUUUAUUAGUUGAUCAAACACAAAGUAUGUUGCUAGAUGAUGCAUAUUUCACAUUUGAUGUGAAAUGCAUUAUUGGCAUCAAUGACCCAUCUGAACUGGGCACAAUGCUACGCAAUUUUCACUUGCUUAUUAAAGUAACACUUAAGUUGAAAGAGUCAAUACUUGUACUUGAUAAGCACAAAGCAAUCAUUAUAUAAUCCCCAGUGAUUUUAGAAAGCAUUUAUGGGCAUUUUUGUCAUUAAUUAACUGCUUAGAGCAGUAGUUCAGUACUGUGCAAUCACUUUGUUCCAUUAUAUAACAAAAAUCAACUUAAUCUACUGUAGGCCUGUGUGGUCAUACAAAACACUCCAUUAGAAUUUCAACUUAGGUGUUACUGGUUAGAUUUAGAUGUGGGCCUAUAAGGAAAUCAUAACCUUUGUCUUAAGGGCCCAUAAUCUCCCUCCUCUGUGAUGAAAGCAAUAAUAUUAUAAUGACUAUAAUCUUUAUAUAGCCACAGGGUCUACCACAGCCCAAUAUUCAUUCUGUUUACUGAAUCCAUGCCAUGAAAUCUGGUUUUCUCUAAAUGCA